AGAGGACGCGAGAAAGAGAGCGAGAGGAGAGUGGAAGAACGAGAGAGAGAGAGAGAGAGAAAGGAUGUGGAUGUGAAAGGGGGAAUGAGAGAACGAGAGAAAGAGUGAGGAACCACGACGGAGAGGACGGCGGUGCGCGUCUUUCCGUGUCUUGAUAAACAACUCGAUCGUUCGCCUGUUCUUCUGAUUCGCCGACAAUCGAGAGCUGCGCCUACAGGCUAUCUCCAAAAUGGGUGGUGACAUUUUCCAAAUUUCAUUUCGAUCUUACCGCUCGUUGGUUGGGACGAGAAAGAUUCGCGCGUUUCCUAUUCGACGUCCCUUUCUACCCCCGCGAGGUAACGAAACGAUGAGAGAAGAUCCAGCUACCUAUUUUCGAAACAGGCUGUACAGGUGGAUGAAACGAACACGCGACGAUUAUUCCUUUCAUCGCGCGUAGCUUACGAUCGAUCAUGCCCGAGAUCAUCCUUUCAUGAUCGUACGAUAACCUAAUCCACCCGAGGCGCCACCAGAGAGGACUACGAGGUUGUAUCCUCAGGUUAUCCUCGAGGUGAUGAUAGUUAGCGCGAAUUAUGUUAUCAGGUCCGCCGAGAGGGGUGAAAAGAUGAUGAAAAAUAGAAAGAGGGAGAGAAAGAGAGAGAGUGAGAGAGAGAGAGAGCGAAGAUAGGAAUCGGUGGUGAAAGGGCCCGCAGAAGAAGGGCAGAGUUGGGAAACUAGGAAACGAAACGCCGGCCGUGCCGUGAUGGAGAACGAGUAACGAGUUGUGAGAAUGAGGAAUACGAAGGAAGCAAAUUAUAUUAUAUAUGCGACUGUGAUUUUUUGGAGAGACUCUCGUGUGCGAGGGGUCGAUGUUCUACCCUAAAGGGAGCGUGGCACCGGGUGAUCCGUGUUUCUCCUCCUCGCGAUCCGCUUGUGAUGUACGAGCGAUCUCGAGCGUAAUACACACUCGCUCUCCGGUUGUCCAGCAUAAUUUAUCUUUUUCGUCCGACUGUCUCUCGAGGGAUGAACGCUCGCUGCUCUCUGCGCCCCGAGCUACCCUAACGCGCGCACAAACACACGUAUAUUACCGAAUAAAUGUAUAACAGGGAGUAACACGAAAACGAACGGUAUACGCUCGCUCGGGAUCGUUUAAAGAGAAACGAAGAAUUUCCUCUCUUUUUCCGUUUACGUGAUCGGGGGAAACGAGACGCGGGCCGGGGCCACGCUUCCGAAAACAAACUCACACGAUAAUAUCUUAUCGAACUAUUAGUUGUUAGCCUUUUCAUCGUCGAGACUCCUAGAGUGCGUGCGAUGCUUUACUAGGGAACGUACGUGAGAGCGUAUUUAAGUAUAAGAAUUAUUAAAAAGGGGAAAAAAAGAGGGAGUGACAAGCAUGUGCAUUACGCUGUAUCAGUGAUGAUGUGCGCUGUGAGGUAGAUCAACGAUUUACCGAUUAUGGGGGUGUGUCCUGUUGGGGUGUUAUCCGCGAAUGAAGAUAAAAGCGACGAGAAGAGCGAAUGCGCUGAGAGAACGAGGAAUACUGAGAGCGAGAGCGAACGAGCGCGAGAGAGAGAGAAUGUGUGAGAGAGAGAGAAACGCAAGAAGAGAGAGAGUGCAUUUGCCAGUGGUGGUGGAGGGAUGACGGUGAGGAAGAGUUGGCUCGUGAUUCGACGUUGAAUCGCGGCGUCACGUUCGGGAAGGGACGAAUCGUCGAUUUGUAAAGAAGAAAAAAAAAGCAUAAUAAUAAUAAUAAUAAAGAAGAAACAAAGGAUGAAAAUAAGAAAAAAGUUAUAUAAAUUUUGUAUCGUGACGCGGUUAUAGAUCGGAGAACUGUCGCUGGACUAUUGUCCCGGCGCUACGCUGAGAUUCAGACGCAACAUAGAGAAACGAGAGAGAACACGGAGAAUUUAAACAUUGUAAGCUGUUACGUAGACGAUAAACGAUAAUAACGACGAUGCGAACCAGACGAUAAUCGAAUCCACGCAGAACACGCAGAUGAAUUAUUUUUCGAGACGAUUUCAGCGACGCGCCGGGCCCCAGGGCCCAGGGUCUCUCCGUUCUUCGGACUUAUUCGAAACCGCGGUGCCGUUGUACGUACGAGACAAUAUUUUCGAUAAUAUUUUUUAAACGAUCGAGUCGCGAAACACGAGGCCAACGCGUGUAGAGCUGUUGUUGUUCCAAAGCGUCAGAGAAAUUGCACGGUAAUGGCAGAGGACCGAGGAUCGAUCGAUCAGACGACGCCUGGUAGUGCUUUCGCGUGUGCGUCACGUUUCGAUCCGUAUCCUCGGAUAUUUUUCUUUCUACGAUUUUUCGACCGGAUGCGUCGAGUCCAAAAUGCCCCAUUACCGUGCAUGUCGUGUGAUUUAAAUAAAGAUAAAAAGAAAAAAAAAAAACAGAAAAAAAACACAAAAAAGGAAGCUAACGAAUUCAAGGAGAAGCAAACGAAAAAACUGAAUAAAAAAGCUGCAAAAAAAAGAAAAAAAAAAAAGAAACGUGAAUAAGGAGAGAAGAGAGAGGAGUAAAGGUAAAUCGAGCGUGUGAGAUUGAUCUUUUUGUGACGAUAUGCGGAAAGAGAGAGAGAGAGAGUGCUGUCGAGUGCUGCCGAUCGACGAUCGGACCAAACAUUAUAAUUUACGCAUGUGAACAAUUCGGGCGAUAAACGUGGGCUGAAGCAAAAGGAAGAGAGAAAGAAAGAAAGAAAGAAAGAAAGAAAGAAAGAAAGAAAGAAAAAACGAAUAAACGAGAACACGAGUGGGAUGGAGUCCUAUUUAGCCUGCCACUCUGUAAUUUGCUCACCCUCUCCAAUUUGUUUCCUAGAGUUCGAUUUUCACCUCGAUUACGCCAUCGGAAAAGAAAAACAAAAGACAAAAAAACGAAAAAAAGGAAAAAGAGAAAAAAAAUCGCUGCAGAAAUUUCGACGGAUCGAUAAUAUUCCUGGCCUAUUUUGCAAUUUCUGAUAGGUCUACUUCUAGUGUCCGAAAUUUAGCGUAAGUGCCACGAACGUUCGACCAAGAUAACGUGCCUCUCGUUACGGCAGAUUAAUUUCUUAUCUACGCUGAAUAGAAAAAUAAAAUUACCUCUUCGCCGCGGCAUAGAGAACCGAAACGCGUUCUCUCGAGGCGAAGAGCGCUAACGUUCGGUUAUCUUACGGUUGUCAAGGAAGAUAAUGCUCAAACUAACGCGAGAUUAAAUUAACGAAGAAACUUUAUUUUGUUACGAAAGAACGAAUCCCGCAUCGUACGCCGUAGAAGGCGUUUCCCCCGCGAUCUCCCUGAACUUCCAAUAAUUUGCUACACGCGAGAAAGAGAGAGAGAGAGAGAGAGAAAGAUCACUGAAUGGGAGAGGGUGCAGCAUACCCACGUAGCGCGAGAUAUUUACGUAUCUUUCGUUUCUUUUCGGUUUGUGUCAGUCGUGUGGUUUGCGGAGCCUGUGUUCUGUGAAGAUUUCCAAAUGACAACGACUAUAUGUGACACAUCGGCUACAUCGCUUAUCUGAGUGCUAUAGAGCGAUCGUGGAAUGAUUGGGGGACGAUUCUUCUGGAAAAACUCGGUAAAUCUACUGCGAGAGCUGAGACAAGCUAUCUAAAUACUUUUGUCCGAUUCGUGGCGGCCUUGGAGGGACACACUCGUGUCACGAUCGCGCAAGGGUGAAAGAGAAAAAGGCGCAGCAGGAUGGAACAAAUGGCACGCCGGUUGCAGUGCCAUCGGAAGGGAGCUAAUACACGUCACGUAACGCGUUUCUAAGGUAUCGGCGAGGUUUUGGUAGCCUGAACGUGCGCAAGGUUCACGAGAAUGGAGCACUUGGAUGAGAAUCGAGACGCCGGAUCAGCGAACGCUAAGGCGACCAGGAGCGCCGAUGACGAAGAUGGCUUCGACCUCGACGAUCUCCUACCGAUCGUCGGCGAGUUCGGCCGAUACCAGAGGCAGCUACUCUGGCUCGUGUGUCUUCCGGCAUGUCUCCCGUGUGGUUUUUGCGCCUUCAAUCAGCUCUUCAUGGCUGACACGCCACCCCACUGGUGCAAAGUGCCGGGGUUGGAGAGCCUGGAUGUCUCUCGCAGGAGGAGACUCGCGAUUCCGACCAGUCAGGAUGACAAUGAAACGUACAGUCAAUGCACACGAUACGAUAUCGACUGGACAGCGGAAAAUAUUUCUAUCGUGACAACAGCAUCGUACAUGCCAAACGCAUCAUGGCCCGUUGUUCCAUGCGACCAUGGUUGGGAGUACGAGACCUCGGAAGUGAAAUCCUCCAUCGUUAUCGACUUCAAUCUCGUGUGCGAUCACGCGAUUUAUCCGACCAUCGGUUUGGUCGCUUUAAACACGGGAGGACCAAUUGGGGUGUACCUUUUUGGCACUCUGAACGACAGAAUCGGUAGAAGAUUGUCUUUCUUCACCUGUCUGGCGACUUUAAUAACCGGUGGAUUUUUAACGUCGAUAUCGAACAGCUUUUGGACCUGGGCUGCCACCAGGAUGGUCGUCGGUUUGACCAUUCCUGAUAUCAUAUCUUUGGAACUGGUUGGACCAAAUUAUCGAUCAUUCGUGACAGUGAUGACGUGCAGCUUUUAUACAAUGGGUCUGUGUAUGUUGGCUGGCGUGACCUAUUUGAUAAGAGAUUGGAGAACGUUAGCCAUAACUACGAGCGCACCCUUCCUUUUGUAUUUCUUGUACUGGUGGUUUCUGCCAGAGUCGCCGAGAUGGUUGUUGGCGAAGGGUCGAUUAGGCGAGGCGAACGACAUCCUGGAACGUUUGGCGAAGAUAAACGGGAACGAGUUACCGACCUCUUUCACGCAGAAACUACGACAGCGAAUGAUGAUGUCACGGUCCAAAAGUGAAGAGGAGAGAUUACGUAGCGGACCGGGUGUUUUGUCGCUCUUCAAAACGCCCAACAUGCGUCUGAAGACCUGUCUGAUCACUCUAAAUUGGUUCGCCAAUAACAUGGUGUACGUGGGAUUAUCGUACUACGGGCCAGCAUUGGGCAACGAGGAGCACUUGAGCUUUUUCUUCUCAUCCUUGGCUGAGAUACCGAGCUAUAUGGCUUGCUGGGUCGUGAUGGAUCGAUGGGGUCGUCGUUGGCCUCUCUGCCUGUGCAUGGUAGUGGCCGGUGUCUCGUGCAUUGCCACGGUUCUUUUGUCAUCUGAUGCAGUCGUGGCCACGCUAAUUCUAUUCCUUUUAUCGAAAUCCGCGAUAUCGGCCUCUUUUCUAAUUAUAUAUCCAUUUGCCGGUGAACUUUACCCCACGCAAUUGCGCGGCGUUGCGAUCGGUUUCUCCGCUUACAUCAGUGGUCUCGGACUCAUAAUCAUUCCUUUUGUUACGUAUCUCGGCAAAGAAAACUUGGUGCUGCCCCUCGUGAUUCUUGGAGUUGUGUCUGUAAUCGGUGGACUGUCUGGCCUGCGUUUGCCCGAGACACUGCAUCAUCGAUUACCCCAGACCGUGGAGGAAGGGGAGCUGUUUGGAAAGGAUUGGACUUGUGCCGACUGCUUUCGUUGCGUUCCAAUCAAACCUUCGUCAGCGUCAACUUCCUACGAAGAUCUAUCAGCUAGAGAAACCGUGGAGAUGCACGAGGUACCCGAGGCACCGAUACCUCAGAGAUUGUUAGAGGAUCAACAGAGACCAAGCGGUGCGAGUGUGCGUCGACUGGUUCGACAGUCCAGCGUGAUGGACACGCAACGGGACUCCGAUGGAUCCAUCAAGAUGACUUACUGGUUCUAGAUUUGAGUCGAGCUUUGAGUUUGAAAAUAAAACCCUCGCUACCGAACUUGGAAGAUAUCAUUGUCCAUCGCGUUUCGUCACGUCUACCUUUCCCGCCUAUUUGCAUGCGAAGACGAUUAUGUUCGCGGAUACUUUAGCCUCUGUGUAAUGUACCUGUACGGUUCAAUGAAAUGUUCGACUCGAUGGUAUCGAUUGUAUCAAUAGAUUACUUA